AUGAGAGGAAGAUGGCACAACGGAACAGACAAAUGGAACCACAUCAAUCAAGUUAUAAGAGAUAAAAAGAUUGGGAUUAUGGCCAUCCAAGAAACUCACCUGUCAAAAGAAGAAGAAUCCAAGCUAGACGAAACCUUCAGACGUCGGCUAAAAAUCAUAUCAUCCAUUGACCCCGAAAACACUAAUGCCAAAGGUAUAGCAAUUGUACUAAACGUACAAAUGACAAGGAGUAAGGAAGUGACCUCACUCGAAAUCAUCCCAGGAAGAGCACUAAUGAUACACAUACCAUGGACCAAAGAAACGAUAUUGACAAUCCUAGCAAUAUAUGCACCAAAUGAACCAUCAAAAAACCAACUGUUUUGGGAAGAAUUACACACCAAACUAGAAGGGAAACCUAAACCAGACGUAAUGCUUGGCGACUUCAACAUAGUUGAAGAUGCCCUAGACAGACUACCAUGUAAACAAGACAAUGAACACGCUACUGAAUCAUUAGCACGUCUAAAACUAAGCCUAGACUUAAGAGACGGAUGGCGCGCAGAGAAUCCCAACUCACUUGCAUUCACAUUUGCGCAAUCUCACCGGCAAGGAGGAAGACAAUUGAGAAUAGACAGGAUAUACAUUAGCGAGGACUUCACGCCCUUUAGCAAAGAAUGGCAAAUAGAACCAUCUGGAAUUGCAACCGAUCACCAAUUGAUAUCAGCGAGAAUAUCAGACAUACGUAUUCCCUUCGUAGGCAAAGGCAGGUGGACACUGCCGCUCUUCAUCCCUAAAGACAAACAAGUACGAGAUGAAAUAGUCAAGAUGGGACGAGCCCUGCAAAAGGACAUAACGAGCUCCCAGUCUGACAGAUCAGAGUCCAACAACCCCCAAACAAUAUUCAAAACGUUCAAAAACAAAGUAAUUCACCUAUGCAGAGAUACAGCAAAGAAAUCUAUCUCGAAGAUCCAGAACCGUAUUAAUACCCUGAAAAUCCACCUCAAAACAUGCCUAAACAACCAUAAUCUCCCUGAAGAUGAAUGA